AUGGCCGCGGCGCGUAUACCGGGCUUUAAUGCCAGAACAUCCCUUCCACUACGAAUCUUCACUUCUGUCACAAACCCUCAGUACCAACCAUGCGUACGGUACCUUCACCAAUCUCGGAAACCCACGACAGUUCCAUCGCCUACCCCAUUCGUGCCCGAUGUGGAAACAUUCCUACGCCUAAUUGGACGGAAUAUGUCUAGAUACUCCAGCAAAUUCACCGAAUGGAAGCAAUUGUUUACGGCGGACUCGGCCCAGCUUCGCGAGUUGGGCAUAGAAAUGACAAGGGACAGACGAUACAUAAUGCGGUGGAGAGAAAAAUUUAGACAGCAGGACUAUGGCCCUGGUGGUGAUUUCGAGAACGUUGUUGAUGGUGUUGCUGAGUUGAGAGCCGUCGAAGUUCCCAUUGAAAAGUCAAAGAGUGCGAACACUGUCAACGCCAAUGGAGAGCCCCUGGAUGUUGGCUCAAUGGGUACUGCUACCUUGUCACCCGGAAUGCGUUAUGCGAUUGUCAACCUACCACCAGGAGAAACGGAACUCAAGGAUAAUGCUAAGUCGCUCAAGAGUUUUGCCCAUUAUAAAUUGCAUCAUGGAAACAUGAUCAAGGGACCAUAUGCUCAGAUUAUUCCAAACACAUGGAGUACUGCGGUCAAGGUCCAGGUUACGGAUGGUAUGUGGGAACAUAAGCGUGGUAGGAAGAUUGACGGUGGUCAGCGAAGACAGAAGGAGAUCAGGGCGAAGAGGGCGCUGGCGGAAAGACGGAAUGCUCAAGCAGCUGCUUAG